AUGUUUGAAUAAGAUUAUUACAAAAGAAUAAUCAAUAAGUAAACCCCUCCAAACAGAGGCAUGAUUAAUACAGCCAAGCCUUGGUUUCCUGAACUCAAACAUCGCUUGGCUGUUAAAGAUUACGAUUAUAAAUUUUUUGCUCUGCCUCCUAAUAAGAUGGUAUCUUUGAUGAAGAAAGAAAAGCUCAGCAUUCCAACCGAUAACCAAAUUAGGGAAUUCUUAAGAAAUCAUUCCCUUAAACAUUUAGUUCAUUAUAAUGCAGACGAUUAUAAAAAUGUAGAAGACAUUUAACCGUUCCAAUGUCUAUCCUAAAAAAACAUCAACCAAAACCAUCGUAAAUUUAUUAAAUAACCUUAACAAAACAUUAAGGGAUUUUUCUUUGACUAAAAACCAAAAACUGCUCAAUAAAAUUUAGAAACCUAAACAUCUUUAUAAUAUUCAAAAAUAAGAGAGUUACAAUCAUAAAAUCUUUAAAAUAGACCAAAGAAGGAGAUGCCCUUCUAAGAUAUCUGCUAAGAAAAAUCUAAAUUGAAAUUUCAUGAAUUAUCAGUUAAAUCUACCCCAAGAUUAAAUCCUACAAUUUCAAGAUGUUUUCCAAGCGUAAAUAAAAUGAAAAAUUACAGAAAAGUCAACUUAUUGAUGCGUUCCUUAAAGAAAAUUAAAUUACUUAACCUCACUAUACCUUAGAUUAUGAAAUAAUAGAUAUUUCAGCGAACAGCAUUCGCAUCCUAGUAUUCAAAGGAAUUUAUUUUUGCUGCAAAAUAGAACAACAUCAAUUAAAUUUAAAAUUUGUUAUAGACAAAUCCAUUUUUAGUGUUUCAAUAUGAUUUUUACAAUAUGACAGCUCUUCAUUGGGCCUGUAAAAAUGGUCAUUUGGAGAUAGUUAAAAUCUUACUGUAACAUCAUGCUGACUUUGAUGCUCUUGAAGUCAUGAAUAGAACUCCAUUAAGUAUUGCAAUACAAGAAAAUUAACAAGAAAUUGUUAAAUUGCUUUUGACAUAUGGUGCCAAUCCUUGGAGUACUAUACUAACUGAUUUGAAGAUACUUCUUUAGCGAAAUCCUGAAAUGAAGAAAAUUGUAAGCGAAGCUAGAAAAAUCUAAAUUUUGAAUAAAUGGAGUCGACUCCCUUAGUCUAUGUUUAAUAUUUCCUGGUGA